AUGGGACAUUUCAACACCAGUUUCAGAGAAGGCUUUAUUUUGGUGGGCUUCUCAGAUUGGCCUCAAUUGGAAGUUUUUCUUUUCGUCUUUAUUUUGAUUUUCUAUUCCCUUACUCUCUUGGGCAACAUCACCAUUAUUGCUCUAUACCAAUUGGACCUUUGUCUGCACACGCCCAUGUACUUCUUCCUCUGCCACCUCUCAUUCCUGGACCUCUGCUACACAACCACUACUGUGCCCCAGCUUCUGAUCAACCUUCAUGGACAUGACCGGACCAUCACCUAUGGAGGGUGUGUGGCCCAGCUCUUCAUCUUCCUCACCCUGGCUUCCACUGAGUGUGUCCUCCUUGUGGCGAUGGCCUUUGACCGCUAUGCUGCUGUCUGUCGUCCCCUAUACUACACAAACAUUAUGCAUCCUUUUCUCUGCCAGACAAUGGCUGCAUCCUCCUGGGCAGUGGGCUGCAUAAACUCUCUGAUUCAGACAGGUCUCAUGAUGGCCAUGCCUCUCUGCAGCCAUCAACUGAACCACUUCUUCUGUGAGAUGCCUGCAUUCCUCAAGUUGGCUUGUCAAGACAUAGAAGGAACAGAGGCCAAGAUGUUUGUGGUUCGAAUCAUAAUCCUGGUCGUUCCUGCAAUAUUAAUUCUGGCCUCCUAUGUUCGCAUUGCUCAAGCAGUGCUGAGGGUCAAGUCAAUGGCUGGGCGCAGAAAAGCAUUUGGGACUUGUGGAUCCCACCUCUUGGUAGUUUCCCUUUUUUAUGGUUCAGGAAUCUACACAUACCUCCAACCCAUGCACCGUUAUUCUGAGAGCAAGGGAAAAUUUGUUGCCCUCUUUUAUACUAUAAUUGCCCCCAUUCUUAACCCUCUGAUUUAUACUCUAAGGAACAAGGAUAUAAAUGGGGCUCUAUGGAAGGUGCUAUCAAGAAGUAGAUACUCAUGGUAA